AUGAUUAACAAUGGAGUUUACAUUCUCCACACGAGCCUCUGUUUCCUAGAGAAUCACCUGUUCCGACCAUUGCCGUGCUCGUUUACUUUCCGGCGGCGGUUUCUGGUCACUGCAUCAGAAACGAAGAAGAAAGAGAAGGUAGUUGUGAUUUCUGGACCCACCGGUUCCGGCAAGAGCCGCCUAGCAUUGGAACUCGCAAAGCGCCUCAACGGCGAAAUCGUCAGUGCCGACUCCGUCCAGGUGUAUCGGGGGCUUGAUGUUGGAUCUGCAAAGCCUUCCCCAAAUGAAAGAAAGGAGGUACCACAUCAUCUGGUUGACAUACUGCACCCAUGUGAAGACUAUUCUGUUGGGAAGUUUUUUGAGGAUGCUAGGCAAGCUACUAGAUGUAUUCUUGACAAUGGCCGUGUUCCCAUAGUCGUUGGAGGCACUGGAUUGUAUUUAAGAUGGUUCAUAUAUGGAAAGCCAGAUGUACCUAAAGCUUCUCCAGAGAUUACAUCGGAAGUAAAUCAAGAGUUAACUGAUCUACAAAGGAAUGGAGACUGGGAUAGAGCUGUGCAGUUGGUGGUAAAAGCAGGUGAUCCAAAGGCUCAACUUUUAGCAGUGAAUAAUUGGUACCGAUUACGGCGAAGCCUAGAGAUUAUUAAGGUAUGCUUGCAGUUUUUCAAGAUACUGAUAUCUAGUGGAUCACCUCCUUCUGCAUUUCCGGUACCAUAUGAUUCUUUCAGGGAACAAGGUGAAUGUAAUCGUGCGGAGGGUUCUGAGUCGUCUGAUAUUAACACGUAUGGUGAUGCAAUGGAAGAAACCAACUCCUCAGAGUUAGACUAUCAGUUUAUGUGCUUUUUCCUUUCUAGUCAUAGACUUGACCUCUAUAAAUCAAUUGAUUAUCGGUGUGAAGAUAUGCUUUUAGGAAGGGAUGGAAUUUUGUCCGAGGCUCAAUGGCUUCUUGAUGAGGGUCUUCAUCCAAACUCCAAUUCUGCAACUAAAGCAAUUGGUUACAGACAAGCCAUGGGGUACUUACAAAGAUGCAGAGAGCAAGGGGGCCAAAGUUCUGUUGCAGAAUUUUACAAAUUCUUGUUUGAAUUUCAAAAAGCAUCACGGAAUUUUGCAAAAAGGCAGUUGACAUGGUUUCGAAAUGAAAACAUAUACCAGUGGCUUGAUGCUUCUAAACCUCUGGAAACCAUUCUCAAUUUCAUCAAUGAGGCUUACCACGAUUGGAAUGGAAGUCUUUUUGUGCCUGAACACUUGAGAAUGUCGAGAGAUGUUUCUGAUCGCCGAGAAGCUUCACAACUGAAGUCAUACCGCACCAAGAAUAGGCAUUUUGUGAAGGGGGAAGAUUGUUCUCAUAUUCUGAACUGGAUAAGCAAGACUCAAAGGUGA